UAAUUUUCUAACUUUUGUGGGGUUUUUUUUUUAGAUCUACUUGACACCCAAAGAAAUAUUGUACAGGUUGAUGUAAAUUUUUCCCGCCCAUCUGCAACAUUAUUCAGUGGGGUGGUACUAAUUACUUAUAAAUUCAUUGAUACAGUUCUCUGAUAUCACUUGCCCUAUUUGUGUUUGCAAAUUUACAGCAAUAUUUUGUUUUCUGAUAUAUUUUCCAACGACUGAGAGCAAGAAAAUGUUAAAAUUCUAAAAAGAAAAAUAAUUGCAGGGGUGGAUCUAAGAACACCGACUUAGUUAUUCCCAGAAAUCUCAGAAAAGGUUCAGCAAAAACACACAUACAAUAGCACAAUUGAAAUACUAACUAAAAUUCUGGAAUUAAGCUUAUCAAUUGGUGCUUAAGAAAAAAAAACUCUUUAUCAUCUUUUAAAAAAAAAAAAUACGAAGAUCAAUUACAACCUUAUAAAGACCUAAUCCGAAUAUAUUAGUCCUUAUUUAUCUAAGAUUUGAAAUUUAUUUAAUUUCUGGUCGAGUUGCCACAUCAUCUAACAGGCUAAGAGCACAGUACAUACUCUUAAAAUUCUAAGAAAUAAUUUUCCCUACGCCAAAAACAUGAACAAUUUUCUACUAGUAAGCACCUGAUCUUCUGAAAGAGGCUGGAAAAGAGUAUGAGUGCCAAUUUAUAUCUCGUCCCCGUUGUCUCUUUGAUCCGUAAAAAUAGUUUAACUAAAAAAAUAUUUUCGUCUACCCGUUGUCUCUUUGAUCCGUAAAAAAUGAAUGCCAAUUUAUAUCUCAUAUUGAAUUAUUCUUGACUUGCACUUCGGUAGGUAAGAAUCAAAAUUUGCAUAGUCUAAGAACUUUGCUUAAUAAAGGUCGUGUGGAUAAACGAUACUAUAUGCAUAAUUACUGUUGUUCAGGGAAAAAUAAGGAUUCAUGGCCUUUGCAUGAAUUCAAAAACACACAAUUAAAGCACAUUUUCAUUGUGUUUUUUUUUAGUGUUAAAUCACACAAGCAGUAUAUUUCUUUCCAGAUUCUCAAAAAGAAAAUUUGGGAAUGAGAUCUUCUUGUAGUAUAAGAAUCUUACCAUUUCCAUCUUUACCUCAAAUUACUCCCAACCAAAAAUCUCCAGUUUACAUCAAUAUAUAUUUUUAUCCCAGUUUCCUUUUAUUAGUCUGAAGAUCCAACUUUUUGUGAAACUUUCCGUACUCCAACUCAGUAGUACUACGAAUAUCCGGAGUCGAAAGUGAAGUUAAUUUCUCUCCUAAACAAAAGAGAGCAAUCUUUUAUAUUCCUAAGUACUAUAUAGAAAUAUUCCUUAAAUUCUUACCUUUACUUUUACUAUAAUUCUAUAAAUUAAGGUGACAAAUUUACACCGCAGUGCAGAAACCACUUUGCUCUUUACUGAUGGCCGAUUUAAGGGUAUUGCUGGUUCUGUCAUUAACUCUGCAUACAUGUUUCGAAGUACACGGACAUAAAACCAGUGGUAACGUAGGUGUCUGCUAUGGGCUCAUUGGAGAUAAUCUACCCUCUCCGAAGGAUGUUGUUAGUCUCUAUAAACAAUACAAUAUCCAGAAGAUGAGGAUAUUUGAGCCAUAUCCUCAAGUUCUCGAAGCUCUAAGAGGGAGCAAUAUAGAACUUACCCUAGGUGUUAGAAAUAACGAUAUACCAAUUCUUGCAUCGGAUGAAGGAGCAGCUAAUUCAUGGUUCAUGAGCAAUGUUCAUCCCUAUAUGAACGACAUCCACAUAUCACACAUAACUGUUGGUAAUGAGGUCAUCCCCGGAGAAUUCAGCGAAUCUAUUUUGCCCGCCAUGCAGAAUCUGCAGAAUGUUCUCAACAGUAAUAAUCUUGGUACAAGGGCAACCACUGUGGUGCAUUCAGCAGUGCUAGGCACUUCUUUCCCUCCCUCGGCAGCCACGUUUUCAGAUAGUUCCCGCCCAUUUAUAAGCGGAAUUAUACAAUUUCUAUCAUCACAAAAUUCCCCACUGUUGGUAAAUCUCUACCCUUAUUUUCCCUAUGCUGCAGACCCAGAAAACAUAAGAUUGGAUUAUGCACAAUUUAGAGCACAUGAACCACUAAUCAAUGACGGAGAUCUAAGCUACUCCAACCUUCUUGAUGCCAUGCUUGAUGCUUUCUUCUCGGCAAUGGAGAAAGAAGGUGUCAGUGAUGUUAACAUAGUAAUUUCUGAGACUGGAUGGCCUCAUGACGGGAACAGCAAUUUCACAACUCCAGGUCUUGCAGCUACUUACAACAGAAAUUUCAUACAUCAUGUUCAUAACUUUGGAGGGACUCCAAAAAGGCCAGAUGCAUUACUACAAGGAUUCAUUUUUGCUAUGUUUGAUGAAGAUUUGAAGGAUCCUGGUGUUGAGCAAAAAUGGGGGCUUUUCAGCCCCAAUAUGAAACCAAAUUAUAACAUAUUUAGUUGAAUUUAAAUCUUGCAACAGAGACUGAGCAAAAGGAUCUCACCUUUUUUUAUUAUUAUUAUUGUUACUUAGUUAGGAGAGCAAAAUUUGGUGGAUGUAACCUGAUUAAACUAUAUGGAAUAUUUUAAUAUACAACUCAUAAUGUUUGGGCUCUGUACUUACAGAUUUUCAUCAGUCCAGGGAGAGAUUCCCACUACGAAUUUUGCGUUGCUGA